CUCGCUCCGUAUUUAUUCCCACCACCUUCUGUCGCGCCACGGCUACUUGUUCGAGCUCCCGGGACCAAACGGUAGCACAAGCACAAGCAACGAGGAGUAGGACAAGCUAGCGCUGUGGAAGGAGAGGAAGAGAUGGGAGCUUCCAGCCUGCAAUGCUACCCCUCCUCCUCCUUCGUGCUCGCGUUGCUGCUUUGCUCCAUGCUCGUGCACAUGUCGCAAGCAUCCAAGCUGCAUGAGGAGAAGGUGCCGUUGAGCUUCAUCGUGCCGGACCCCUCGCCGGCGCUGUCGCCGCUCUCGGCGCCGCCGCCUGUGACCGGCGCCGACGACGCCGAAGGAAUGAGGCCGAGGCUGCCGACGGAGCGGUGGAAGCGGGGCCAGGGCGAGGAGAGGCGUGGCCGUGGCCGUGGCGCGCACGCACCGGCGCUCGCGCCGUGGUCGGCGAGCCCGGCGCGCGCACCGGCCCCUUCCUACGCGCCGGCGCCGGACUCCGGAAGCGGGGCGCCGGUCAUCGAGAGCAGCCCCGCCGUGCCGGUCCCGCGCGGCGUGAGGGACACGGCCACCAUCCUACCCAUGCCCGCGCCCGGCGUCAAGCGGCAGGACGUGGGCGGGGCUGCUUUGGUUCGGCCCGGUGUGGUGCCACUGGUGGUGGUAGGGCUCGUUAUGAUGGCGUCUUUAGGAGCUUUAUGCUAGAAGUUUUUCUUCAUUGAUCAGUAGUUCAGUACUAGCUAGUAGUAGUAGUAGCCGCCGGUGUAGCAGAGUCGAUGAAGCUUUUCAUUUUUCUUCCUUUCUCGCUGUCUUUCAGUGAUCCUGCUCUAAUCAUCUGUAAACAAAGCUCGUCUUCCUUUA